GUAUCUCGUAUCACUUGUACGACCUCCAACUCCACUUGACGGCAAUUCUUCCUUGUUACUCAUCCCUUCAAUAUAUCGGUCCCCCUCUUUCCAAUCUAUCGAAUCCAAACCGUCAAUUCUAACAAUGUCGACGUGGACGGUCCACAUUUAAUCACAACCAUCAUCAAUCGUGCAUCCCACCACCAUAUAUAUACUACUACUCCUCUUCAACUUUCAUAGGUUUCGCCGGUUAUUCUCUUCCGUACAGUCGCCGCCCGCCGGUAAAUUACAAUUCUAAUUUUCCGAUCAAUACUUCGUCGGAUCCGGUGCCGGAAUACUGAAAAUACUUCGAUCGGUACUUAUUCUUUGCAGAUCUUGCAGUUCUGAGUGACUAAGUGAAUCCAUAUGAAAUGGCUUAUGAUAACUCCUCCACGCUUGAGCCCAAACGCUCCCAUCAAUGGUUCAUGGAUGGCAUCGAGCCUGAAUUGCUUCCCAACAAGAAGCAAGCCAUCGAAGUACCUAAUCACAGUUUGUUCUCUGGACUUGUAAGUUCCAAUAUUGCUCCCUGGAUGAGCACUCCUGGUUUCCACUCAGUACCAGUACCAGGCCAAUAUGCAGAAAGGCACUUUGACAAUGAAAGCGCAAGAUCGCUCAGCUUUGAUGACAACAUUGUUCCAUCUGUUGGCUUAGGCAACAUGACUAUAGCUAGAAAAGUGAUGGAAGAUUCAUUUGGAAGUGAUUCCUCAUUUGGUUUAUCCAUAUCCCAUACACUGGAGGAUCCUAGAUUAGGUCUUAACUAUAGUGGUAUCAGAAAGGUUAAAGUUAGCCAGGUGAAGGAGGCUGGGAAUUUCAUGCCUAUUUCAAUGGGUGAUACCGAUACCAGAGGGAUCAGCAAUGCAAUGCCAACAGAUCAUGCUUUUAGUAAGGCUGAGGAUCAUUGCAUAGGUACGGGACUCUCUUAUAACGGAGGUGAUGAUCAUAUGAUGUCAUUAGGUGACACAUUUAAUAGGGAAGACAACAAUUUCAUAUCUAUGGGUCAACCUUUUAACAAGGUGGAUAGCAAUGAAAUAUCAGGGGGUCAUAGCUUCAAGGAGAGCAACUCACUGUCAAUGAGUCACCCUUUCUGUAAAGAUGAAAGCAAUAUUACUAUGCUGAAUCAAAGUUUUAGCAGAGAGAAUGAUAGCACUAUAUCAGUGGGUCACUCAUUCAAUGACAAUAAUACUUCCAUAUCAAUGGAUCAGCAAUUCAGUAAUGAUGAUAGCAAUAUUACAUCAAUUGGCGAAACUCUUAAUAAGAUCACUGACGCCAGUCCACCUAUGAGCCACUGCUACAGCAAAGUCAAUGACAAUACCAUAUCAGUGAGUCUGACCUAUAGUAAAGUUGAAAAUAAUAAUAUAUCAAUGAGCCAAUCAUUUGGCAGGGGGGAAAGCAAUAUCAUAUCCUUUGGUGGAUUCAAUGAAGAUGAUGAUAUAAACUCUUCUGGAGGGCUGAUUUGCAGUUAUGACUUAUUAAUGAGUCAGUCUUCAGGCCAACAAUCGGAUAUUGUUGCUGGAAAGCGACUGGUUGAGUCAAAUUCUGAUACAGUUACAAGUGCUGCUCAAAUGGCUGGCAGUAAGGAAUUUAUUUCUAAAAAGGAGCAGAAACCAACUAAAAAGCCUCCUUCGAACAGUUUCCCUUCAAAUGUGAGAAGUUUGCUCUCGACUGGUAUGUUAGAUGGAGUGCCUGUCAAGUAUAUAGCUUGGUCCAGAGAGAAGGAACUCCGUGGUAUUAUAAAAGGCUCUGGUUACCUCUGUAGCUGUCAAUCAUGUAAUUUUUCCAAGGCAAUUAAUGCUUAUGAGUUUGAGCGCCAUGCUGGUUGUAAGACAAAACACCCUAAUAAUCAUAUAUACUUCGAGAAUGGGAAGACAAUCUACGGGAUUGUUCAGGAGCUCAGGAACACACCACAGGAUUUAUUAUUUGAAGUUAUUCAGACAAUUACUGGAUCUCCCAUUAACCAAAAAUCAUUUCGCAUCUGGAAAGAAUCUUUUCUAGCUGCUACACGUGAACUUCAGCGUAUAUAUGGGAAGGAUGAGGUCAGAAGACUGUCAUAAAGAGGAAUCCAUCUGCAAGAAACUUCUAUGGUUAUGUACAACAGAUUGACAACCAAGGUGUGUUGGUUGCCUGAGUAACUGUGUUCCUUUUGCUAUUGGUCCUCAUCGUUGAUCACUCUAUUAUACCCUUUGAGAUCCUUGGUAAUAAUUCUUGUCAAAUAGUUAUGCCUGUAAAUUAUGUCUUCCCUUUGUUUUUAAAUUUUUUGUUAACAGAUGUAUGUAAAAAUUAGCACGUAAGUUUUUGCACGCUGGUUAAUUCGAUGAGAAUCUGUCUACGAAGUUUCCCCAA